UCAAUCUGAAUUGAAACACUCUUUUCUCAAAGUGUUGGGCCUCUUCUUUAGUUAUUUGGCCUGGGCUUUGGGCAUCAGCCUAGCCAGCAGCAGAUCCUGGCGGGUAUGGGAGUUUAACAGCAACGUUGUUCCCAUUGUGUUCAUUGGACUUUGGGAAGUUUUCUAUUUUCAAAAAUUUAACAUCUCUGGCUCCAUUGUUGAGUUGCCCAUGCAUAACAGGAUGAAUGGUAGCUGGAUCAUUUCAAAUGAAAUCUGGUAUGGGCAGGACCUGAUACUGUUAGCAAAUUUUAUGAAGUCAGUAGUCCUGAUUUUUGGCUCAGUGGCACUUUUAGUGUGCUGGAUCCAUGUCCCACACCAAGAUUUCCUUCGAUCGUGUUACAACAUCUGUGCCUUCUUCCUUGUCUUCAGCAGUAGUUGUACUAUAAUUACAGUGAGCUGGAAUUUUGCUGUGGAUUUUUAUGGCCAAAGCACCCUUGACUUCCCACUUAGCUUUCCCAUUGGAAAAGCAAUGCUAAUAAGGAAACACUUCUCCUAUGUGUUUCCACUAGGAGUCACAACUGCCACAAUAUCGCUAUUAAGUGCUGCCAUGUUUUUCUGUGAAACAUUUUCCAUGAAACAGUGGAGUCAAGUGAAACCCAUGGCUGUGGGCAAAUGUCCAAAAUGAAUGAUCUGAAUGAAGGGCCUACUCUUGUAAUGGCUGUCAGUGUUUUUUUUAAAAGAAAUAUCUACCUACAUACAUUGUUCUAAUCAUCUACUCAUUUAAAAUAAAACAUG